AAAUUGGCAGUGAAUACUAUCAGGGCUAUAACGCCGUUGGACGGACGCUAUGCGACUCAGGUGAGCGGGCUUGCCGACCACCUGUCGGAGUGGGCGCUUAUCAAGCGGCGCGUUCAGGUGGAGGUGGAGUGGCUGCUGGAGAUGGCGGGCUGCGCGGACAUCGCGGAUAUGCGCGCGCUGACGGCUUCGGAGCAGGCGUUGCUGCACGGACUGGUCGAUGAUUUCGACGAUGACGCCGCUAUGCAGGUGAAGCGGAUCGAGCGCACGACGAACCACGAUGUGAAGGCGGUGGAGUAUUACAUCCGCGAGAAGCUGGCGGGCACUUCGAUGGAGGAUGUGUGCGAGUGGGUGCAUUUCUGCUGCACAUCGGAGGACAUCAACAACCUGUCGCAUGCGCUGAUGGUCAAGGGUGCGCUGGAGGAGGAGUGGCUGCCGCAGGCGAGAGCGCUGGUGGACAGUGUUGCGGCACUUGCAGACGCGAAUGCGGAUACGGCGCUGCUGGCGAGGACGCACGGGCAGGCGGCAUCGCCGACGACGCUGGGCAAGGAGCUGGCGGUGUUCGUGUAUCGCUGGCGGCGGCAGAUUCGGCAGAUCGAAAACGCUGAGUACCUGGGGAAGUUCAACGGGGCGGUGGGGAGCUACAACGCGCAUGCUAUCGCGUAUCCGAAUGCGGACUGGCAUGGGAUUGCGCGCGGCUUCGUGGAGCGGCUGGGGCUGACGCACAAUCCGCUGACGACGCAGAUUGAGCCUCACGACUAUCUUGCGGAGAUAUUCCACGCGCUUAUACGGUUCAACACGGUGAUGCUGGACUACGACCGCGAUAUGUGGUCGUACAUAUCGCUGGGAGUGUUCAGGCAGAAGGCGGUUGAGGGCGAGGUCGGCUCUUCGACGAUGCCGCAUAAGGUGAAUCCCAUCAACUUCGAGAACUCGGAGGCGAAUGUGGGGAUAAGCAGCGCGCUGCUGGAGCACCUGGCGACGAAACUACCGGUGUCGCGUUUGCAGCGCGACCUGACGGACUCAUCGGCGCUGCGGAACCUGGGGCCGGCGAUUGGGCACAGCCUAGUGGGGCUGAAGGCUGCGAUGCGCGGCUUGCGGCAGGUUGCGGUGGAUGAGGACCUGCUCGCCGCGGAGCUUGACGACGCAUGGGAGGUGCUUGCGGAGGCGGUGCAGACGGUGAUGCGAAAGCAGGGCGCGGGCGACGCAUACGAGAUGCUGAAGGGGUUCACGCGAGGGCGCAGCGUUACCGGAGAUGAUAUGCGCGCGUUCGUUGGCGGAUUGGAGCUGCCUCCGGACGAUAAGAAGCGUCUGAUGGCACUGACGCCUGCGGGCUAUACGGGGAUUGCGGGGGAGUUGGUGGUGAGGAUGGAUGGGUAG